UCGUGGUAAUCAAGCAUUUUUAUUAGCAGCAGCUCCAAUUUAUGAUAAAUGGGUCAGAAAUAAUUAUGAAUUACAAGUUUGGCAAACAUACUUGAAGAUGGGCACAGAGCAAAAACAUUGGGCUAAAGAAAUCGUUCAACGUACAAAAAAACGUGAUAAUAUUACAAAUACUCGUUUUGUACAAAAGAAAAUUAAUCGAUUAACCGAAAGUAUUGCUCAAGCUACUGCUACCAUCUCAGACUUGCAAAUUCAAUUAACUACAUAUUGGACACAAGUUAAUGUGGAGAAAUUAACUAAUACAAUAGCUGAAAAUGUAGCAACUAUUGUAUGUGAAAAAAUAAAUAAUAAUAAAAAAUCAACUACAACAACAGCUGCACCAGCAGCAAGUCCUACAACAACAGCAGCAUCAACUACAGCUACGACAACAAAUACUCUUAAAAAUCAAAUUCGUGAGCCUAUAGAAAAAUUAGAAAAAUAUAUAUUAAAAUACGUUUAUACAUAUACACAACAUGUGAAAAAAAUAGCCGAAACUAAAGUUCAAUUAGCCAAAGCUCAAUCAGAUGAAUUUAAAGCUUUAGAAGAAUUUGAACAAAUAGCUACUCCAUCUCAAUGGAAUAUUCAUUUAGCUUUAAAACCUAGAAUAAAACUUUGGUCAACCAAAAAUAAAAAUUACUUGGCUGCUCUUAAACGUGUCGAAUAUGAUAUGCCUCCAAAAUUUAUUGAAAAAGUUGAUUUAUCAUUUAAAAUUGAUGAAUCUAUUAUCAAUCAAGAUGAAGCUCAAGCUACAUAUAAUCAAAUGAGACAAAUUACAAAAGAAUUUCGCACACAAGCAAUGACAUUAUAUGUACAAUCGUUAGGUAGAGAAAAUGAAUUAUUAUCAAAUGAAAUUAAACGUAUUAUUGAAGGCUUUCCUCAAGAAAAUGAUGAGGGAUUUGAUGCUGAACCUGGACAUGCAGCAUUUAAACAUUAUCAUAAUUUACGAGAAAAAAGAUUAAAUUUAGAAGCUGAACAAUCGAUUCAUUUUUUAUCCGAAGAGCGAGUCGAGGGCGAUACAAACGAUCCGGAAGAACAUGAAUUACUAAAAUUAGGCCCUCGGUUUAUUUAUAAUGAUCCAAAAACGGCAUCUCGACGACGUACAAUUGAGUUGGCUACUCUUAAACGAAAAAUUGAAGCUCGUUUCUUUGAUAAGAAAGUUAGCCCCGGUCGUCCAGUCGAACAAUUUAUUGCCGAAUUAGAUGUUCUGCUUCAAAAAUUACAUAAUACUCCUGGAAAUCCUCGAAAAUUAAGAAAUAUAUUAAAUCAAAAUAACACUUAUGAUAAUUUAGUUUCUGCUAUAGAAUCAAGUCAGUCUCAAGAUAUUAAUUCUAGAAUUAUUAUUAAAAAGAAGAAAAAUUAUGGGCGAUUGAUUAAACGUUUAAAAUAUAAGCUUCAUUUGAAAAAUAUUGUUCUUCAAAAAUCUGAUAAAAACAAAGUGUUCCAUCUAGGUAAACUUGACGAUUAUCGCAAAAAAUCAGAAGAAUAUAUGGAGAAAACAAAGGCCUAUAAAUGCUUAGGUACUGAAGACCCAUUUCCUGAUCUAAUUCAUCGUACUAAUAAAUACUUAUUAGAUUUAAGAUUAGCCAAGUGGGUUACUCAAAAACAAUAUGAAAAACUUUGUAUUAAUUCAAAUGAAGUUGAACUUGCUCAUUUAUAUUAUUUGCCCAAAGCUCAUAAACCUGGUACUCCUCUUCGUCCAAUUAUAUCGGGUCUGAAACAUCCAACAAUUAAAAUUUCAAAAUUUCUUGAUGAAUUACUUCGACCUUUAUUUGAUAAGAUGGCUGCAAAAACGACUAUUAAUUCUGGCUUUGAAUUAGUCAAACAGUUGCAACAAUGGUCAAGUAUUAAUAUACGUCAAGAAACUUUAUUUUGCACAAUUGAUGUGACAGACCUUUAUACAAUGGUACCUCAAACUGAAGGAGUACUCUCCUUAAAGAAAAUGUUAGACUACUUAAAAUUAAAGCAAGUUGGUGGUCUUAAAAUUGAAACAAUUAUUAGAUUAAGUCGAUUUGUUAUACAAAAUAAUUAUUUUUCUUUUAAUGGUCAAUUCUAUCAUCAAGUUCGUGGAGGAGCAAUGGGUUCUCCUCUUACUUUAACUAUAGCUAAUUGUUAUAUGUUCUUUUAUGAAAGGCAGAUAGUUAAACAAAUUAGCAAUAGUGGCGGUUUAUAUUUUCGAUAUAUUGAUGAUAUAUUCUUAGCAAUUAAUUGGCCUGCUCGACAUUUAUUUAAACAAAUCGACAGAUGGAAUCAUUUUGAUGAAAAUAUCAAAUUAUCAGAAAAUAUAGAAACCAUCUUAUGA